AUGUAUGUGUCGAAUGCCCUUGAGCAACGGACUGGUGAGUCAUUGGGAUCAUUUAUGAAGAAACGCAACUGGAACCUCUUAUGGCUGUUCGAUGAGAAAGGAGGCUUCUACUACCACCUCCAAAAGGCCAUGAAUUGGAUGCCGAAUAAAGAUGCAGGCGCCAUGGUUAGCACUGUCCUGGACUACACGCACUGGCUGCGGGCCAUGAUUGAAACGGAUGGCCCUUUAAAGGCCCACGACUCUUUGACCAAGCACACCUUCCAUUUCGAGACCAGCGACAUCAACCCACCGACACCAUACCACGCCUAUGCACUAGGAUGGUUUAUGGACAACUAUCGUGGUCUGAAUCUCUACUGGUACACUGAUGGCUGGCCCGGGUUUGGCAGCUAUGUCGGUUUUAUCCCGGAGAAGUUCGGCUUCGCGUUCAUGGGAACUCGGACACAGCAUGACACGCUUCACUUAGACUCCUGGAUCACACUCAAGUUGGUUGAGGGCCAGGUGACAGCCGAGGUGUCUCAGGGUACACUGCCCAGCCAGAUAUCUUUCAAUCACGCAAAUGUGGAAUUCUACGUCAAUCCAUCGGGGACGGUCACGAAGAUUGGCAUGGAUCUUGAGCUUGCCAUGAAAGGAGAGAAGAUCUGGUUUGAACGGGGUGAAUGA